AUGCCGGCUUCACAGCAACAGGCUUCGGGCACACCAUGGCAAGACCGGCUGGCAGAGGUCUGCCGCGAAUACCAGAUUCAAGCUCCUCAUUUUCAAAUCGUAUCUGACCGGCGUGGUGGUCGUACCGCGUGGUCUAGUAUAGUUACCGUUUACGGCAAGCGAAUCGAGGCGCGAUAUUGGUACGACGGGAGGAACAUCACUAAUGCUAGGGAAGAUGCUGCGGAGGCGGCCUUGAACUGGCUUUCCAAUCAAGCGAACUUAUCUACCAGCUGGUAG